AUGAUCAGGCAUUUACUGGACAACGUUGUGCACCGUGGGAUGCCGUACCACUAUUCCACUGAAAUGUGGGAGCGCACGCACAAGAGCACGGUUAAGGGUCCAGUAAGAGGGAGCAACUGGAGCGACAUACCACGACGCAUUGUGGAGGAGGAGGUGCAGCGAGAGGUGUACCGUGAGGUGGCGGCAGACGCGGGGGGUGGGCGACAGUACGCGUCCGCUUUGCGCGAGGCAAUCAAGACGAGGAAACCCGUGCUUACAAAGAGGUAUCGGACCAUGCGCAUAGGCGGAGUGACGGAUCCGGUGUACAAUGAGUACAUCGCCGCGCUGGGAGACGAGAUGAAGGGGAUGUCAGAUGAGUUCAAGGCGUUGGGUCUGGCUACCAACAACGUGCAGGUGCACACGGCGGUGGCCAUUCCGCGCACAAGAGGAGGAGAGCUGGUGGCCAAAGGGACAUUUGUGAAGGCUUCUCCUCGAGAGAGGUGGUAUUCGGACGUGGCACUGCUGAACAACAAGAAGGGGGACUGGUAUGCAAGAUGUUUGUGCAUCUUCAGGGCGAUUGACGUUGAUGGGGAGUGGAAGGGGUACGCAUAUGUGAGGUACUAUGAGGGGGCGGGAACAUGCAAACUUACAGGGUGCCAGCAGCUGCACAAGAAAGUGGAGAAGGUGUUCACAGAGUUCGUGGAGACUGUCAAUGGCGUGCACUUCAGCCGUGAUCGCAACACCCUCAUCCUAACCAUACACGAGGCGCAUCGCAUCACCGGCGAGGUCGCGCGACCCGUCACGGAGCACGGCUUCAGCGUGCAGCACCUCACCAACACCCGAAUCGUCAACAUACGAGGGUCGGUUCCUGAAGGGGGCCUUCCGCACCUGCAGGGAGUGGAGGAUGCGCUGAAGGGCCAUUACCGCGUUAUGCUGAUGAAUCCAACCAUGCAGAGGAGCUGGUGGCGCGCCGGAUGCGUGCCCCCGAGCUGGCCGCCACUGAUGGCGUACCUGAACGACACGUGCGCAACGGGCAUGUUUGAGCCCCUCAUUGCGACAUGCGUCGAGCUGCAGUUGCUCAUCGAGAAGUUCAAGAUGAGGCCUGCGUGCUAUAUGACGGCGGCGGAGUUCGUCAACUGCGACGCGGGACUCUGCGUGGAGCAGGGGUUCAGAGCCACACCUGCUGCCAGCGCGUCGGAUGACUCGUCGGGCGAGAUGAGCCUGCCAGAUGGCCCCUUGCUGCGUGACGAGCGCAGCAGGCGGCGCGUGAUUCGCAACGUCACAAACGCGUACGUGGAGCGUGCCGAUGAGCUCGGCAUUCCCCCGGCCCUCGUGCCAGCAGAGGUCGGAGCAUCUAACCAGGAGGUGAUUUCCCGCCUCGGCAGGACGCCAGUCAAGCGUGCGCGCGCGGGGCUGCGCACUGAGGACGUGGCAGACCCAGCGGUGCACGAGAGUGAGGACGACGAGUGA